AUGCACGACUACGAUGCGGCCACCGCCUUCCUGGGCGAGUGGGGCCGCUUCCAGCGCCUCGUCUUCUUCCUGCUCAGCGCCAGCAUCGUCCCCAACGGCUUCAACGGGAUGUCGGCCGUCUUCCUGGCCGGCACCCCCGAGCACCGGUGCGCCGUGCCCCGCGGGGCCAACCUGAGCGGCGAGUGGCGCAACGCCAGCAUCCCGCUGGAGCUGCGGGACGGGCGGGCGGCGCCGAGCCGCUGCCGCCGCUACCGCCUGGCCGCGCUCGCCAACUUCUCGGCGCUGGGGCUGCGGCCCGGCUCCGACGUGGAGCUGGGCUCGCUGGAGCAGGAGCCGUGCCUGGACGGCUGGGAGUACAGCCGCGACGUCUACCGCUCCACCAUCGUCACCGAGUGGAACCUGGUGUGCGAGGACGACUGGAAAGCCCCGCUGACCACCUCCCUCUUCUUCGUGGGGGUCCUCAUCGGCUCCUUCAUCUCGGGGCAGCUCUCGGACAGGUUUGGCAGGAAGAAUAUCCUUUUUUCGACGAUGGCGGUGCAGACCGGCUUCAGCUUCCUGCAGAUCUUCUCUACCAGCUGGGAGAUGUUCACAGUGCUCUUUCUCAUAGUGGGGAUGGGACAGAUCUCUAACUACGUGGUGGCCUUCAUACUGGGAACAGAAAUUCUUGGCAAAUCAGUUCGUAUUAUAUUCUCUACAUUAGGAGUUUGCAUAUUUUUUGCAAUUGGCUACAUGUUGCUGCCACUGUUUGCUUACUUCAUCAGAGACUGGCGGAUGCUGCUGCUGGCGCUCACUGUCCCGGGGCUGUUCUGCAUCCCACUGUGGUGGAUCAUUCCUGAAUCCCCUCGGUGGCUGAUCUCCCAGGGAAGAUAUAAGGAGGCAGAAGUUAUUAUCCAAAAGGCUGCAAAAAUAAAUGGCGUUCCAGCCCCAGCCGUGCUUUUCGACACCGCGGAGAUGCAGGAUUCGAAGCCUCAGCAGCAGCAGAAGGCUAUCCUUCUGGACCUAUUUCGAACCCGAAACAUUGCAACUAUUACUAUUAUGUCAUUACUUUUGUGGUUUUUCACGUCGGUUGGUUACUUUGGCCUGUCCCUCAGCACUCCAAACUGGCAUGGAAAUGCCCACAUCAACUGUUUCCUCUCGGCUGUUAUUGAAGUUCCAGCUUACGUGAUUGCCUGGCUUCUCCUCCGCUCCCUCCCUCGGCGCUACUCCUUAUCUGGCACCUUCUUUUUAGGGGGAGGUGUUGUCCUCUUCAUUCAGCUCGUUCCUGCAGAUCUUAAUGUCCUGUCUGUUGGCCUGGUGAUGCUUGGAAAAUUUGGCAUCACAGCUGCGUUUUCAAUGCUUUAUGUCUACAAUGUGGAGCUAUACCCAACGCUAGUCCGAAACAUGGCAGUCGGAGCUACGUCCACGGCUUCCAGGCUGGGCAGCAUCAUUGCUCCUUACUUUGUUUACCUGGGUGCCUACGACAGAUUCCUACCAUAUAUCCUGAUGGGAAGCCUGACUGUGCUGAUCGGGAUCCUUACCCUGUUCCUCCCGGAGAGCUAUGGCAAUCCCCUGCCUGAGAGCUUUGAGCAAAUGCUGAAGGUGAAAUGUUUCAGAAAUGGGCAACAAACCACUGGCAUUAGGAAGUCAAAGGAGAGUCCUAAAACUCUGGUAACACCCUUGUGA